AUUAUAAAUAAACUUAAUUCAUCAAUGGACGGUUGUAUUGGUUUCCAAAAAUGGCGAAAUUAAUUUUUCUUAUUAUCUUCGUCAUCUAUUUGUGUUCAGUAGGAGCGUAUAUUGAAUUCGAAGUUCCUCGGCAUGUGUUCGAUACGGAAUUGUAUGAGAAUGUACUAGAUGAAGAGCUAUGUGAAGCGCAAUUGAGUUACUUACUAAAUAACAACACCAUGCUGACAGCUGAAUUUCUUGAUGCGGGCAUCAGACUUCCGAGAGGCAUUUUACAUGGAAAUUUUGUAGACCUCGGAUACUACCACCAGUGUCUAGCAAUCAGUGAAAACUUUAACACAUCAGACAUAGAGGGCAAGUAUUGUAUGAUCAAUAUUCCCAUGGUUCAAGAUGAGUUAAACGUACCAGCUCUGCCAGAGUGGCCAGGAGGUUCAGAGAGGUCCGUGGAAUGGCCCAAGGUUCCGUGGAUGGAACUUUUUUCAAUCACAAGACCACAUAGUGACAUGUUCAGAAAUCUACAAAAGGUACGAACGGAAGCAGCAAAGUACAGUCUGACUGGACCUGACCUGGAUUUAAUGAGGGUAUCAGAAGAUAGCUUGCUAGCCAAUCAAGUCUUCAAACUGGCAGUAUGCCUUCCUAAAGUUUGCUCACCGAAGCAGUUCAUCGACACGGUUUUUGUAAACACCACUAGCGUGGGUUUCAAACUCACGGAAGAUUUCUGCAGACUGAGAAACGAUAAACCGUUUGCACCCGUUGAUUAUGCUGCUAUUUCAGAGGGUCUCUUUAAAAAUAUCCACCUGUUCUAUCUUCACCGUUUAUUGCGAAUGUUUCCCGUUUUGGCAACCGUCGUGUUCCUCCAAGCGUCGUUAUUCAACCAUCUGUCCGACGGUCCGGAGUGGCACAUCGUAGUUGAUAAAGUAGAACGGUGUAGGGCGUGCUGGUGGGCUACGCUCACGUACGUGCAGAAUUAUGUAACGGAUGAUCGAUGCAUUGGCCCUAGUUGGUACCUCGCUGUUGACAUGCAGCUGCACAUACUGUCCCCUAUAAUUUUAUUCUGGGUGCUCGGCAGAAGAAGAUCGGCAUGGACUGCAUUAACUCUCGUCAUGAUGGUCGUCAUGGUGGUGUCGACUACCUAUAACUAUUUGAACAAGUUUCAGACCGCAUCGUUUGUACUUAAACGUUUUGUUUUCAGGCGAUCACAAGAAGACGCGCGCCACUAUUUGCGAUACUAUUAUCACAACACUCUGACCAGGUGCUCGCCUUUCUUCGUCGGCAUGUUGUUUGGCUAUCUCCUUAAUAUGUAUAAAAGCAAAGAAGUUCACAUGGCUAGAUGGUUCGUAGCAUCGUGCUGGUUCUGCGCCUUCGCGGUCUCCGCCGGCAUCAUCUACUCCGCAUACCCCGUCCUGCAGAUGGACUGGGACAGCCCCUUUUGGGACGGCAUCAUAAACUCCUUCGCCAGACCCGGGUGGGCUGUGUGUGUUGGAUGGGUGAUAUUUGCGUGUACCCACGGUUAUGGAGGUCCUGUCAACUGGUUCCUGUCGCUCCGUAUGUGGAAGCUGCCAUCUCGACUUUCCUACGCGAUGUACAUAUUCCACUAUUCCUUAAUGGUUGUUGUCAAUACUACUUCUGUAUCGGCGAGUCACUUCUCCGUUGAACGCUAUUUCUACCGAUUCUUAGCCGACUUCGUGACGGCGUUUAUAGUCGCUUUCGUGGCGACCGUGCUGAUAGAUUCUCCUUUCUCUACACUUAUAAAGCUGGCGAUAGGAGGAAGUAAGACUGGGACCGUGAAGACCAAACAAGGAUGUGAAGAUGAAAAUAAACAGUAGUAACUUACUACUAGUAAGAU